AUGGCAGAAUUAGAACGUCCGCGAACACGCCCGGACAAGAAACAAGUAAAAGAAAGAACUGUAGCUGAUGAAGAAUUACAAUUAGAAGAUCGAAUACGUGAUUUGAAAGAAUAUUUUGACGAAAGAAAAAAUCAAACUACGAAUGAAACUGUAGACGAUGGCAAUGUAAAUACUGAAGCAUCCUCUACUGAUACUGAAUCAAGUCAUGUACAUUCAGAACAUAUUAUUCAAGAAAUGGCAACGAAUUCAGAAAUAAAUUCCAAUGAAAAUAAUGCUGAUACUAAUACAACUACGCAAGAGAUUGUUAUCGGCACUGAGAAGAAUAUAAAUGAAACACCCAUUGUAUAUGAUCAAACUUUAGUCACUGAAGAAAUCAACGAACCUUCUGUAACGGCCAAUGAUUAUAACAACGCCUUUGAAUCAAACGAAGAUCAAUCUGAGCUAGUUGCUACGAAUCCUUUAAUGGAAGAAGCAUCUUCAUCCAAUUUAACUAAUUAUGAAAAUACAGCUUGUAUGUAUCCUCACCUAUCAUUAUCACUGUGGUCUCCUGCAACAGCGCCAUUAUCAUCAUUUGAUUUUGAAAAUAGUACAGCAAUAACUGAUCCUUACUCAAUUGAAAAUUUCAAUCCAUCUAAUUUGCAAUACGAACUACGUCAAACAUAUUUACAAUUUAUAAAUAUAACUGAUGAAUGUUUUCUUAGUGAACAUGAAAGUUUUAUUACUGAUAAUCCACGUAAUCGUUCAUCAAUAACAAAAGAUGACACCGAUCAAAAUAGUUCGAGUGAUGAUGACGAUGAAUUUUAUUUUCUGAUAUCAUCAUUUUAUGAUAUACGUACAAAAAUUGAUCAAUUAACAAAUGAAUAUGAUGUAUUACAACGUAAAAUAGCUUCAUUAUUACCACAUGUAUGGUCAUUUUCAUGUGAAAAAAUUGAAGCCGGCUCAUAUUGUGGUGAUAAUGUUUAUUUGAAACGUUCAAUACUUUAUGAGCAAGCAAAUUUUGAUCGAAAUUUAGCUAAAGAAAUUGAAGAUACAUUAAAAAAUUUACGUACCAUUAUUUAUCAACAAUAUGUUGCAUUAAAAUAUGAAACAUUAUGGUAUAAAAUGAAAAUUGAUAUAUAUAUUCAUAAUUUAAUAUCAUUAAAUAAACCAACGAAAAAAUUAUUACAUGCAAUUGAAAUUUUAUUUAAUUUUCAACGUUACCGUACACGAGAUGCAUUGUUUUAUUCGUAUACAAGACAAUUAUUAAAACAGACAAUUGACAUUGUUUAUAGUUAUGGAAAUUAUAAUGAAACAUUAUUUAUUAUUAAUCAUGUACUUCGUUGUCCACCUGGUAUUCAUCAAUGGGCAACAAAUUUCGUAAGAUUUCUACUGCCGACAUCAUUUGAAAUUCUUUGUUCCCCUAUGUAUAUACGCUAUGUUGCACAUUUUCUUGCUACACUUUUAUUUCCUGUUAAAAAUCGUGAUAUAUUUUUACAAAAUUGGUUAGGAGAACAUGGCGAACGAGUACCUGAGAUGUUAUCAUUGAAUGCAGCAAAAAAUCAACAACAAUGGAUGUUAAUUGAUGCUGAUGGACAUGAACGUGCAGCUUUAUUACGAUGGGAUACAUUGAAUGAAGAUGAUCUCAUUGCUUUAUUAAAUCAGUUUAAUUUAAAUUAUUUAAUGAAAAUACUUUUCAGUUUAAAUGACCAAAUUAAUCAACGACAACAGAAUCUAUCCUAUGAAAAUACAUUAAGAAUAUUAGCAAUAUUAGAUUUAUUUGUUGAAAUACUAUGUCGUGGUUUUGAUACUUAUGCUGAUUCACAAUAUAGAAAUUUUCAUAAGCAUAUUGGAAAAAUGAUUAGGGAUUGUGUUCAUGUGUGUCGAUAUCACGUCGAUGGUGUACUUCAACAUUUAGAUAACGAUGAUAAGAUACGUUUAAGAGAUCAUUAUUUUGCUUAUAUCUAUCGAUCGGUCGAAAAUAUUAUUCGACAAUGCAGAAAUGUUCGCUGGAGUUUAUUAUCCUUAUUUGCAUUAUUUGAUCUUCCGCAAUCUUUACAGUAUCGUUUACUUCAUCUUAUUUGUUCAAUACCAGAUGAUGAGCCUGUAACCGGUAAUUAUAAAAAUUCGAUUUUUAUCUAUUUACAGAAUAAUUUUAAAAUAGUUGAAACAAGUGCAGCAAUUGACCAAAUGUUAAAUUCUUCUACGCCAAGUGAAAUUCUAUCACUUCUCAAAGUUCUUCAUAAUUUAGGACAAACAGGUGAUGAAUCUGGUCAAAUUUCUGAUGUUAUUUUUUAUAUAACAUGUCUUCAUCCAAUAUCACGCGAAUAUUCAAUACGUGAUGGUCGUUCAAUAUUAGCACAUUUUGCUUCAUUACGGCCAACCAUUAUCAGUCAUUUGUUGAAACUAGCAUCAACACAUAUUGAUGCUGUUGGAAAAGUUUUAUUUGGAAUUUUUCGUGCAUUACCCAUGAAUAUAUGGAUGCCAAAUGAUAGUGAUUUAUCAAUAAUUGAAAAAUGGCUGGAAGAUAUUUCACAAUCACCAGUUGCAUUUCAAUUAGCACUUCAUUUAAUCGAUACCAUGAACUGGCAAGACUUACCAGAUAAACGACAAUUCUGUAUUUCAUAUACAAUACAUUGUGAAAUGGCAUUGAUUUUAUUAAAACUACACUUGAAAUAUUGUGACAAAUCAGCGGCAUCCAAAGAAAACCAAUUACAACUUCAGAAUUUUUUUAAACUAACACAAAUCAAUCUUGAUCAAUGGAUAUGGACUACAGUUUUACGCUUACAACUUAAUCAAUCCUGCCUUUCAGUGGAUUCAUUUAUUGAUAGUAUGAGUCAAGAACAUGUACCUAAUAUGAAUGACAUACGACAUAAUAGCUCAACGGAUAGUGGAAUGUCCGAUGACGCUAUUAAUGAUAUUCGACGUGCUGUUGAACAGUAUCACAAUCACAUUGCAUAUUACAUAUCAUUUGGUCUUGAUCAACCUGGCGCUAGUGCUACUGGUUUCUUUGAAAAGGGUAUUGAAUAUUUAUGUCAACUUGUACAGAAUGGUAAAUAUUCCGCAGCGAUUCGAAUUCUUCACGAUAUGUCUGGCAUUUUAAUACGUAGUGCCGAUUAUUUAAUUGAACAUGUUCAAUUUAUGAAUACAUUAAAAACAUUGAUCAAUACAUCUGAUGCAUCAAUGUCUUUAUUAAAAACGGCAUCAUCAUAUAUUAUUCAACAAAGAUCUUUCGAUGAAACAGCAAAUACGAAACUAUUAACAGCAGCCAUACUUGAUUUACUCAUAUGGCUAGAAGAUAAUCCCAAAUUUCGACGUUUAGUAUUAUUACUUUGGUUUAAAUUAUUAACAGCAUUGAAAGAUUGGAAUCGAGACAAUUCAAUCCUAUUCAUUCUUGACAAUCUUCUGGUGCAUUCAUUUGUACACGAUGUUAUGAAUAAAGAAGUUACUGAUCAUUUAUUUGAAUUAGCUGUUUCGGCAUUAAAUCCAAGGCAGAAUCCACAAGUAACACGUUCAGGCUUUCUAUCAUGGAUCCCAUUGCCAUCAGCCGUAACUUCAUCGCAAACAUAUUGGUCAUCAUUAUCAAUCGAUUCUUCUCUUCUCUCUCGUUAUCCAAUCGUUAGUUAUUAUUUUUUAAAUGCUGAAAGUUCAUUUGAAAUCGAUCAAAAUGUUCUUGUUGAAUUAAAAGCUGAACUUGAAUUAAAUCCAACUGGUAAAGUUGAUCAAAUUUGGAAGAAAUUAAUUCAGCAACGACAUUAUCCAUAUAUUCCUCUAACAAGUUUAUCAAUCUAUCGUUGGGGUACAAUGGCAUGUGAAAUGCCAGUAGCUCAUACAUUAUUACCGCUUGUUUGGGAAAAAUUCUUUACUAUCUAUUUAUCUAAACAUGAUAAUUGUCUUCAUCGUGUUGGCUAUCGUUUAUUUGAAACUCCUGCUCAAACAACAUUUCUUAAACAAAUGAAACGUUCAUUAUGUCAAGCAUGCGAAUAUUAUUCUUCUUCAACAACAACAAAUUCACCAUAUGCAAAUCAAUUAUCAAACUUCUAUCAGUCAUUAUCGUUAUGGAUUGAUGAACCACGUUUGCAUGAUCCACAACUAAAUAUUGUUUCACUACCAAAACAAUAUGAUAAUGAACGUUUAGAACAUUUAUUUAAUACUGACUAUCGUAUAUUUGAUAUAAAAUGGCUUGAAUUAGUUGAUUUAAGACAAAUGUAUGAAACAUUAAUUAAAUUUACAAACGAAUUAUGGUCAAGGCAAAGAUUAAUCGAUGAUAAUCAUAAUCGAAGUUCAACAAUAAAUCAAAAUAGAUCAGUAAUGACAUCAUCACAAAAACUUGUUGAUCUUGUUUCGAAUGUUCAACGUCCAAUAAUAAAUUCGAAAGUAACAGUUGUAAAUACCGAGCAAUUAUCGGAACCAAAUCAACAAGCAUUACCAAAAGAUCAAAAUGAAAUAAAGAUUUUAUUUGAAUCAGAAUUAUCGAAAAUUACUAAUUGGAUACAAACACAUUUUCAACGGCAUGAGAAACAAAUUGAACUUGAUCAAACAUUAAUGAGUUUACUACCGUUAUUAUGGAAAAAUGAAUUUCAAGAGCAAUCCAUUCAAGCUUCUUGUCAAAAUGUUAUAAAUCCUGUUCAUCAAUGUACACGUCCUGCAUACAUAAUUGUUCGUUACAAAUCUAAACAACAAUGUCAAAAUUCGAAUCAACGCCUUGAAAUAAUUUUAAACGAACAUAAACAAUUAUUAACUGAUGCAUGUCGUUCAUGUGAUAUAGAUAUUUGUCGUUCAGUUGAUUUACUCAUACAGAUAGUUCACUAUUUAACACGACAAUUAUCAUCAACAUUUCUCAAUGAAAAUCAAACUCUAAUGAUCAUCGACAUCGGUACACAAUUAUUUUAUUCACUAUUGUUAGUUUAUAAUGAUAAGCACAGUGAAUAUAUGCAACCAUUAUCUGAACAAUUAGAUUCUCUAUUUGAUACACUGGGCGAAAUAUUUGUGAAAUCAAAUCUUCGUCAACCGCAAGUUAUAUUAGAAUAUAUUGUUUUAAAUCGUCCGAAUAUAUCACGUCUUAUACCUUAUUUUAAUCCGAAUUCAUUAAUACAAUCGGAAAAAUUUAUUGAUAUCUAUAAAAAAUUAUCGAAAAUGUUUACAUUUGUUGAAUAUACACCCUAUUUGUUGCAAAUGUUUCGAAAAUUUAACGUAAAACAAUGGUUUGAAAAUGCAUCGAAUCCCAAGCCACGUUUAGAAUUUAUCGAUGCAUUGUUUAGUCAUUUUCGUGCAUUGGUUGAAAAUUAUACUUUAGCUGCUAAACGCGAUAAUCCGCCUGGUUAUGAUGAGCUACCAUUGAUUGAACAAACGAGUCAAUUAUUUGAUGUCUCAAUAGGUCAUAUGAUACAAGUAUUAAAUUAUUCGUAUCCAUCGCAAAUUGGUUAUUUAUUUCGUCAUAUGAUUGAAAGUAUACAAAUAAUGAGAAAAAAGCAAAAAAUAAUUCAACAACAGAAAAACUCUUUAGCACCGUUAGAAUUUCAACAGUCCAUUGAACGUGGACUUUUGCCAACGAAAGUUUUAUCAGAAUUUCUAGAUCAAGUUCAUUAUUUAGAAAGUACUUCUACAACAAUUACACUUGGAAAACAACAGAUAGAUGAAAUGAUUCAUUGGUUACAAUCAUUUGUACUUAAACAAACCGAAGAACAAAAUGAUAAACUUCUAAUUCAAUUAUAUAAAUCAUGGCGACCGUGUUUAAAUGAACUGACCCGUAUUUAUUCAAUAAUGUUAAUUUUAAACAUGCAAAAACGUCGAAAUCAUCAUGAUAUAAAUAUAUCUCAAAUAUUCGAGCAAGUUCUCUUACUUUAUAGUCCAUUUAUUGAUCAAACAUAUGCGCUAUUUUCUUUAACUGAAUGGAAAACGGUAAUCGAUCAUCACGGUGAUAUGUUGACACGAUUGAUAAAAACAUUUAUACAAUUAUCCGAAGAAUUAUUUAAAUAUCUUAAUGAAUCAUAUAAGCAUCAACAAGAAUUUUUUCAUUGCAUGUUUCAAUAUUGGUAUAAAAUUGCUAAAUGUUUAAUAACAAAUGAAUACACACAUUCAAUACUUGAUAUAUAUCAUCGAUAUUUACCACGGCUAUCAUGGACAAAUUUUCGAUUAACAAUAGAAUGUUUAUUAAUAUUUGAUGAAUUAAUUAAUGCAAAUAAUGCAGAAAAUAAUCCAUCGGCAUCAUUAUAUGAAUUUAUUAUUCAUAUAUUAUCUACUAUUGAUAUACAUUCAUGGAUGAUUGAAAAUGAUGAAAAUUUAAUUAUGUCAUUAGUACCAAUUCAUUUUCGAUUAUUGGUUAAUAUGUUCUUAAGUCCACAAGCGAAAUAUGCACAAAAUAAUGAUAAUUUAAGUCGUUUAGCAAGUCAAUGUGAAGUCAUUAAUUGGAGUUAUUUGGAUUAUGAUACAUAUGUUAGCGUUACCAAUUCAAUUAUGCCAAAACUUGAUCAUGAUUUUAUUCUUGCACCAAGAGCGUCGAUUAAUGGAUAUUUAAAUAGAAUUCUUCGUUGUGCUUCGGAAUUCAAUACUUCAUCACUUUUUACUGAUCGAGUACGUGCUAAACGAUUAUGCUAUCUUCGUUUAAUUGAACAAUAUUUAAUAAACGCUAAAAAUCAACAUAAUGAAGAUGAUUAUCGGUUAACAUUAGUUAACUUAUUAAAUGAUAUUGAAUCUUUAUCAUUGCAAGGAAAACUUUCUAUGAACGAUGAACUUAUUGAUAUAUUUAUUGAAUUGAUACGAUUUCUCAAUGUAAACUCAUUUGGACAAACAAUUUUAGCAUCAUAUCAAAAUUAUUUUCUCGAUUGGAUACAUCAUAGUCAAAAUUCUAUUACAAUGUUAUCAUUAUUUAUUUGUGUAUGUCGAACAUUAAAAGAUCGCAAUAGAAAAGUUUUAUUCUUAGAAUCGAUUCUUUAUAUUUAUUUUACAUAUGAUCAGCAACGUAGUUGGCCAAUUAUAUUUAAUUUAUUUCAAGAAAAUGAAGAUUUAGCUAAUAUGAAAAUUGAUGAUUAUAUUCAAUUCUGUUGUGAACAUAGUGCCUUUCUAGCAUUAUAUCUUAUUUCUGAAUAUGAAUUAACACAUCCUAAAGAACUAAAUAAUGAAAAUAUAUUAAAUAAUGAAUUAAAAUAUCUUGAAAAAUUAGUUGAACUAUUGACAAAUGGAAAAUUACGCGUUAAAUAUGGUGAAGAAGAACGUACUUUAUUAAUAAUGAUUAAAAUAAAUCAUAUAAUUAAACAUCAAUUAGACUAUGGGAAAAGUACUGAUGUUUUAUUAAUGCGUCCAGUAAGAAAUUAUGCAAAUUGGCUUUUGGCACUUGGAACAGAUAGUAAAGAUUCUGCUUGUAGUGGAAUAUUUGCUAUGAUUGGAAUCGGAAAAAAAAAUCAAUAUUCUCUCAGGUUUCGUUUAUUUAUUAAAUUAAUUGGUAUCAUGCAAUUACAACAAUUAACUGAUGAACCAUGUAAAAUUCGUAUUGAUUCGAAUGAUCGUCAACCAGAUCUGUCAUUAGCAAAUAAUGCAAUACUUAAACAAAAUUUAGCAAGCUUAGCUUCAUCAACGACAAUAAAUGAAUACAGUGAUUUAAAAAGCGAACUCACUCAUUGUAACAGUGAAUAUAUACAACGUGCUGAUGUAACUUUUUUUCAUAUUUCUGAUUUGAUUAAUUACCUAUGUACACAUCUAUUUGCUGAUCUGCCAUAUUUAAAUUAUGUAUCUAGCCACGACUCUCGAUAA